AUGGAAAAGACAAUAUCGAAUGAUUUAGAAAAAAACUUUUAUGUAAUCAAUUCAUUUGGUUUACCAAGUUGGGAAUUCACCAAAAGUGGGCAAAUUAUUAAAGAUAACCAUAAAAAGAGUUUAUUAAAUAAAGAAACUGUUAAAUUGCAACGUAAUAGACGUGAAUUAAUAUAUAAAAGAUUCAAAAAUAAUGACAUGGUAAUACAUGGUAAAGAAUUUAAAAUAUUUGGAAGACUAGGUUUAUCAAAUUUUGGAGAAUAUGUUCUUGAAGAUGUAACUGAAUCUAGCACUGUGGCAUUAGAAAUAUCAGAAAUCAACAUUGAUGGAUUCUUUCCUCUAAACAGUUUUGUAAUUGUCAAAGGGAAAAGUAUAAAUUCAAAAACUUUUAAAGUGUCCGCAAUUGAAAAUCCACCUGUUGAAACAAUACAUGAUAUAAGAAAAAAAUGGGGAAACUUUGAUUUUUUGGGUCUUAAAAAUUUGUCUAGAAAUGAGGCAAAUUUAAAUCUAGAUGAGAAUUCACAUUUUGUCAUAAUAUCGGAUUUAUGGUUGGAUAAAGAAAAGAAACUAAGAUCAGGAAAAUAUACUUUUAAGACAUUCGUUAAUCUUCGUAGAAUAUUUGAAAGUUAUAAUAAAGAACAAGAUGAUGGGAAUGGAAAGAAUAGCAAGAUUCCGUUGGCAUUUAUAUUUAUUGGGGAUUUUUUUUCAGAACCAUUAAAUUAUAAGGAUCAAUACAAAAAACAAGUAGAAUAUGGAUUCAGAGAUUUGACAAGACUCAUCUUGAAAUAUCCAAUGAUAAAACAAUGUGGUUUCAUCUUUGUUCCAGGACCAAAUGAUAACUUUGGUAAUAAGCCACUUCCAUAUUUUCCAAUCUUUGAAGAAUUUACUAAAUCUGUGUCUGAGAAACUUCUCAAUGCAAUUUUUACAACUAAUCCUUGCAGAAUUAGAAUUCUAAAUCAAGAUAUGGUGAUUUUUAGAUGUGAUCUAAUAGAGAAAAUUAAAAGUACUUCAAUACGAAAUUCAAAAUCGAAAUCACAAAACAAUAAUUCAACAUUAUCAACAAAUAAUAAUACUAAUAAUAUUGAUGAUAUAGCUCAAGAAGAUGCGAAAAAGAUAAUUCGAAUGUUGUUAUGUCAAUCACACUUAUGUCCGGUUCCGGAUUAUAAACAACAAAUUCAUGUGGAUUUUGAUCAUGCUUUAUGGUUAUAUCCAGUUCCAGAUGUUCUUAUAACAGCUGAUCGAUAUUAUAAUUACAUGUUUGAUAUAAAUUUUGAAUCUCGACAUGAAAAAUUAAAACGAAAUCAAAAAAACACUACAAUGAAAUGUAGCUGUUUAAAUCCAGGAACAUUCAACGAAAAUAAUUUUAAAUAUAUGGUAUAUUGGCCUGUUUUGAGAAAAACAGAAAUGAGAUGA